AUGCGCAUUGGAGGACGCUUAAAGCACGCGUGGGUGCCGUACGAAACGAAGCAUCCUAUCCUGCUCGCCACGCACCCGCUGGUGACGCUACUCAUAAGACAAGCCCACUUACGGACGUUGCAUGGCGGGACUCAAUUAACGCUGCACACUCUCCGUCAAGAAUUUUGGAUCCUCCGCGGCCGCACGCUCGUUAAAGCGGUCAUCCACCGGUGUGUGACAUGUGUACGCGAAAACGCCCGAGUUCCCCAGCAGUUAAUGGGCGAUCUGCCGUCCGUCCGAGUGAGGCCGACUUCCCGCAGUUUCCUGCAUUGUGGAGUCGACUACGCGGGCCCUGUUAGAGUCCGAGCCAGUCACGGGCGAGGAAUCAAAUCUAAUAAAGCAUAUAUCGCUUUAUUCAUCUGUUUGUCCACCUUCGCGAUUCAUUUGGAGCUCGUCGGAAGCUAUGCCAGUGACGCCUUUCUUGACGCCUUCACGCGAUUCUGCGCCCGUCGCGGAAUGCCGGAGUCAGUCUACUCCGAUAACGAAACGACGUUCGCGGGCGCGGAAAAGGAACUCGCUUUAGCGUAUCGUGCCGCCUUGCGGAAUAACGACUUUCUUAAUAAAACCGCCACUGACCAUGUCAAGUGGCAUUUUAUCCCUCCUGCGGCGCCUCAUUUCGGAGGGCUAUGGGAAGCAGGCGUAAAAAGCGUCAAAUAUCAUCUGCGUCGCGUGCUCCAAGACCACACGUUGACGUACGAGGAAUUCCUCACGCUCUUAUGUCGCAUAGAGGCCUGUCUAAAUUCCCGUCCGAUCGCGCCUCUUCGAGAUGAUUCCGAGACUUUAGAAGUUCUGACGCCCGGUCACUUUCUUAUCGGCUCUAAUCUAACACUGAGCCCGGAACCAUCAUUGCUCCAGCUCAAUGAAAACAGAAUUUCGCGUUGGCAACGGGUUCGUCAAUUAACGGAAAAAUUCUGGAAGCUCUGGAAUUGCGAUUAUCUCAACACGCUGCAACAGCGCAGUAAGUGGAAAACCAUUCAAUCCCCCGUAAAAGAAGGACAGAUAGUCCUCAUUCGCCAGCCAAAUUUGCCGCCCUGCAAAUGGGAAAUGGGCCGAAUCACGCAGUGCCAUGCUGGUUCCGACGGCUUGACGCGGGUCGUAACUGUAAAGACCGCGACGACCGAGUAUAAGCGACCGAUCGUCAAAAUAUGCCUGCUUCCCAUAGAUAUCGAGGGUCAAAGCGGUUUGGAGGACGCAAACUAA